UUGUCAAAAUAGUAGACAGUGACAUAUUGUGACUUGUUAAAUAGUUUGAUGCAAAAGUUCCAAAAAGUGUAUAUAAAUUAUCAUUAAACAAUGGCUAAGAAUACAUCUAAUUCAGCAUUUCGUAAAAUUGAUAUUGAUCAAUAUAACGAAGACAACUUUAAAGAAGAUGAAUCUGAUCAGUCAGUACCGACAGGGCCAGACGAGGGGGAAGUGUGUGCAUUACUCAACCAAGGUCAAUACAUUGAAGCUUUAAAACAUGUUCUAAAUAAUGCACCUCUAGGUACAUCGGACCAACAAAUCAAGGACAAUGCAUUAGCCCUCACACUGAAAGUAUUACUUGCUAUAAAAUCUGUUCAAAUUGAAGAAGCUGUUGGAAGCCUGUCCCUAGAUGAUAUAGACAUCCUCAUGAAAUACAUCUACAGGGGCUUUGAAUAUCCAUCGGAGGGUUCAAGUGGACAUCUCCUGCUAUGGCAUGAAAAAGCCUUCAAUGUGGGGGGAGCGGGUUCUAUCGUAAGAGUUCUCUCCGAUAGGAUGAAAGUUUAAGUUUUGUAUGAUUCCAUAAAACAUAAUCAACACUCAAUGUAAAUUAUUGUCUAUUAAAAUGUUUAAAACCACA